UGGAAACGUCACGGGGCGGAGCCUCUGGUGGCGGGAACGGCGGGCGCUGGAAUGGAGGUGCAGGAGAGCGGCUGUGGCGCGGCCGAGACUGGGGCACCGGAGCCCUCGCCUGUCCCCAGCAAGACCGCGGGCGGCGCCGGCCACUACGAGCUGCCGUGGGUUGAAAAAUACAGACCAAUAAAGCUCAACGAAAUAGUGGGCAAUGAAGACACAGUGAGCAGGCUGGAGGUCUUCGCAAAAGAAGGCAAUGUGCCCAAUAUCAUCAUUGCUGGUCCCCCAGGAACUGGCAAGACGACCAGCAUCCUCUGCUUGGCAAGAGCGCUGCUGGGCCCAGCCCUGAAGGAUGCCGUUCUGGAACUCAAUGCGUCAAAUGACAGGGGCAUCGAUGUGGUGAGGAAUAAAAUCAAAAUGUUUGCUCAGCAGAAAGUCACCCUUCCCAAAGGCCGACAUAAGAUCAUCAUUCUGGAUGAAGCAGACAGCAUGACGGAUGGUGCUCAGCAGGCCCUCAGGAGAACCAUGGAAAUUUACUCCAAGACGACCCGCUUUGCUCUGGCUUGUAAUGCUUCAGACAAAAUCAUAGAGCCCAUCCAGUCACGCUGCGCAGUGCUCCGAUACACCAAGCUCACUGAUGCUCAAGUCCUCACCAGGCUCAUGAAUGUCAUCGAGAAGGAAAACGUGCCAUACACAGAUGAUGGCCUGGAAGCCAUUAUCUUUACAGCCCAAGGGGACAUGCGCCAGGCACUGAACAACUUGCAGUCUACCUUCUCAGGAUUCGGCUAUAUCAAUAGCGAGAAUGUAUUCAAGGUCUGUGACGAGCCCCAUCCCCUGCUGGUGAAGGAGAUGAUCCAACACUGUGUGGAUGCCAACAUCGAUGAGGCCUAUAAGAUUCUUGCUCACCUAUGGCACCUGGGCUACUCACCAGAAGAUGUCAUCGGCAACAUUUUCCGAGUGUGUAAAACCUUCCCGAUGGCUGAAUACUUGAAACUUGAGUUCAUCAAGGAGAUUGGAUACACUCACAUGAAAGUGGCAGAAGGUGUGAACUCCUUGCUGCAGAUGGCCGGGCUCCUGGCCAGGCUGUGUCAGAAGACCAUGGCUCCAGUGGCCAGUUGAGCUGUCCUCCAUUGAUGACUAGGAGGGAGGGUCCUUGUCACUGAGACACUGAUGAUCCAGCUUUCUAUCAAGGGGAGAUGUGCCCAAGACACCAAUAGAACACACUUCUGUUCUGGGAGA